GUAUUGCGCUGAAGUUUCAGCACCUGAACGUUUCUAUUUCCGGUUCACCUGAUGCAACAUUUGUUUACCCAUCCGGGUUGUGCAGUUCAUUUGUGUAGUGUUUUCCUGACCAAACAAGCGCCUUCAAAACAUUCUCAUCGGAUGCGACAGAUGACUAUUAGGUGAACGCCAACGCAAUCCCAGACAUCCAAGUCAACGAGGAGAGGAAAUUCAGGUCACGACGAACAACUGCAAAAGAAAAUGAGGUGUCCCACCGAUGUCAAUGUAGAAGAUCUUCACCAUGAGAAGCACGAUUCCCUCCAUGUUAAACAGGAAGAGGAGUCCGAGAUGCUGUACAUCAAACAGGAGGAAGAGCCAGAGACCCCCGACAUGAAAGAAGACCAGGAAGUUGAAAUCCACAAGUGUCUAAUGGGUGUCAGUGUGAAGAGCGAAGAAGAUGAAGGUCCAAGCGAAGAGAGAGGAGCAGCGAACCCUUCGAGCGACAGCUCAUUUCAGCACUUAACAACAAAAGGAGAGGGACGAUCGGAACCGGACGGCCUUUUAGCUCCGCUUUCGGACAGCGACGACAUAACGUCACAUUCUUCUGACUUUAAUACUGAUGAGGAGGAUGAUGACUUUGGCCAAAAGGCUUCAAAAUCUUUAAACAAGUCAUCAUUGAAAAGAGACACAAAGGAAUGCGCAGUUAGGAAACCUUUUCACUGCUCACUCUGUGAUAAAACAUUUUCUUGGAAACGUAAUUUAAAACUACACAUGCAUGCACACGCUGGGGAGAAGCCUUUUGCCUGCACACUUUGUGAUAAAAAAUACUUAACGAAGGCUAAUUUAAACAUUCACACAAGAACACACACUGGGGAGAAGCCUUUCGCCUGCACGCUGUGCGAUAAAAGAUUUUCUCGGAACCCUUCUCUUAAAAUACAUGAGCGUAAACACACUGGAGAAAAGCCUUUUGCCUGCUCACUUUGUGGUAAAAGAUUUUAUCAGAGGACUCAUUUAGAACAGCAUCAGCGUAUACACACUGGAGAAAAGCCUUUUGCCUGCUCAUCUUGUGGCAAACGAUUCCCCCAUAAGGGAAAUUUAAACAAACACACUAAACGCAAACACACUGUAGGUGAGCCUUUCACCUGCACACAUUGUGGUCAAAGAUUUUCUCAGAAGGGACAUUUCGAAUCGCACAGAAGAAACCACGCUGGAGAGAAGCUUUUUGCCUGCACACUUUGUGAUAAAAGAUUCGUCGAUAAGGGAGGUUUAAAGAAACACACAAGAAGACACACUGGAGAGAGGCCUUUCGCCUGCACACUUUGCGAUAAAAGAUUUUAUUAUAAGAAUAAUUUAGAAGCGCAUAAGUAUACACACACUGGAGAGAAGCCUUUUGCCUGCUCAUUUUGUGGUGAAAGAUACACUCGGAAAGGAACUUUAAUAAGGCACGAAAGCACACACACUGGAGAGAAACCUUUCGCCUGCACACUUUGCGAUAAAAGAUUUUCUCGGAACCUUUCUCUUAAAAUACAUGAGCGUAAACACACUGGAGAAAAGCCUUUUGCCUGCUCACUUUGUGGUAAAAGAUUUUAUCGUAAGAAUAAUUUAGAAGCGCAUAAGUAUACACACACUGGAGAGAAGCCUUUUGCCUGCUCAUUUUGUGGUGAAAGAUACACUCGGAAAGGAACUUUAUUAAGGCACGAAAGCACACACACUGGAGAGAAACCUUUCGCCUGCACACUUUGCGAUAAAAGAUUUUCUCAGAAGUCUUCUUUAGAAAGACAUCAGCGCACACACACUGGAGAAAAGCCUUUCGCCUGCACACAUUGUGGUAAAAGCUUCGCUCAGAAACUAAAUUUAGUAAGGCACGCAAGAGGCCAUACUGGGGGAAAAACUUUGAAUGGCAGCGUGUGACAAAAUAUUCCUGCCAUGAAUUUUCAGUGGAAAAAGCAUUUCAAUGUCCUUAUUCAGUUUCCUUUGAGCCUCUUUUGAAAAAGUUGUUGAAAUGAUUUUUCAUUUGCUGUUCUUUUUCUAUCCAAUAUAUUUAUAUUUAAAAUUGAAUAAAUUGCGUUACAUAUCUUUGUGUUGAGAUUGUUCCAUGACUGACGUACUGCUUUUGAGGGCGCUAAAAAAAAUCAAUUCUGAGAUAUAUAUCGCAAUAUUAGGUCACACUAUUCUCGUAUUGAUUCAAAAUCCAUCUGUAUCGAUCUUUACAUGUAUGUUUUUGGUGGAAAUAAAUAGGGCUGCAGUUAUCGAAUAUUGUAUUGAUUGGUCAAAUGUUUCUUUUAUCCCAAAUAAUAGUUAUAGGUGGUUUAAUUACCUGACAUGUUUCGGUGAACACUUCCGCCUUGAUCAGAGAGUCAGUGGUGUUGGUGUGACGCGUCUUUAUCA